CAGAAAAUGCCGUCGGUUUCGAAAGCGGCAGCUGCGGCGCUGAACGGGUCCCCCCCGCAGACAGAGAAACCGACCCACUACAGGUAUCUAAAGGAGUUUAGGACAGAGCAGUGCACCCUGUUUUUGCAGCACAAGUGCGCCCAGCACAGGCCAUUUACCUGUUUCCAUUGGCAUUUCCUAAAUCAGCGUCGGCGCAGACCACUCCGCAGGCGCGACGGCACCUUCAACUACAGUCCCGACGUGUAUUGCCCCAAGUAUGACGAGGCCACUGGUGUGUGCCCCGACGGCGACGAGUGCCCGUACCUGCAUCGCACAACAGGGGACACGGAGCGCAAGUACCACCUCCGCUACUACAAGACGGGGACCUGCAUCCACGAGACAGAUGCCCGGGGCCACUGCACCAAGAACGGGCUGCACUGCGCCUUCGCACAUGGGCCCCUGGACCUCCGGCCUCCUGUGUGUGAUGUCCGGGAGCUGCAGGCCCAGGAAGCCCUACAGAAUGGCCAGCUUGGUGGUGGAGAUGGCCUCCCGGAUCUGCAGCCUGGGGUCCUGGCCAGCCAGGCCAUGAUCGAGAAGGUCCUGGACGAGGACCCCCGGUGGCAAGACACCAACUUUGUGCUGGGGAGCUAUAAGACGGAGCAGUGCCUGAAGCCACCACGCCUCUGCCGCCAGGGCUAUGCAUGCCCACACUACCACAACAGCCGCGACAGGAGGCGGAACCCCCGUAGGUUCCAGUACAGGUCCACACCCUGCCCCAUCGUGAAGCACGGAGACGAGUGGGGCGAGCCCUCAAGGUGCACCAGCGGGGACAGCUGCCAGUACUGCCACUCUCGCACUGAGCAACAGUUCCAUCCCGAGAUCUACAAAUCGACAAAAUGCAACGACAUGCGCCAAACCGGCUACUGCCCCCGGGGCCCCUUCUGUGCCUUUGCACAUGUUGAAAAGAGCAUCGGAAUCUCAAGUGACUUGGGCUGCCUUGAUCCCAACUCCACCAACAGCCCUGCGACCAACAGUGGCCUGCUGGGAAACGCAAAGCAGAGAGAUUCACCCAUGGAAGGUAGCCAGAAAGCCAGCGAGCACAGCAGCAAGCAGAACCACCUCACCAUGCUUGCCGUGGUCCACCCACUCGCCUCCAGUGUGGGCUCCAGCGUGACUUCGACCCUGGCCUCCAGCACUGGCCCCAGGGUUUCCUCCCCAACUGCGCUGUCCGCCCUGGAUGCCCGUUCCCUCCCACUAGACCCCAUGAGCAACACAGUUGAGUCGGUCCUCGGUUCGGCUUUAGACAUCCACCUUAGUGACAUAAACAUUGCAUCCCUGGAGAGAGACCUAGAAGACGGAGAGAAGAGCGAACUUGGGCUGACAAGUCAGAGACUGCUGGGGACCUCAACACCGGUUACCAUUCCAGGCCUCAUGACAUGCUCGCCGUCCCUGCACUCAUGCUCGUCCCUGUCCACCUCCCCGCUCAGCUUGCUCUCUCAGUCACUGUCGGGGCCACUGGUCUCCUUGGCCAUGACGGCCCCCCGGCAGCCCCCACUGCCCCCAAAGUCGGAGCCCGGGAGCCUGGGCUCCUUGGCCACCUCAUACAGCUCCUUAGGCUUAAAUGGCAUCCCCGGGAGCAUCUGGGACUUCGUUUCCAGCAGCUUCUCCCCCAGCCCCUCCCCCAUCCUGACCACUGGGCCUGUGUCCUCCAGCGGGACCCCGAGCACUGCAGAGCUGGCGUGUGUCCAGAGGCAGCUGGAUGAGGCCAAGCGCAGGAUCCGGCAGUGGGAGGAGUCCUGGCAGCAGGUGAAGCAGCCCCAUCUCCACUGGUUCCAGGCCUGCGAUGCAUGGCAGCGGGAGGCCCAGGAGGCGAAAGAGCGUGCUCGGGCAGCCGACAGCGACCGGCAGCUGGCGCUGCAGCGGAAGGAGGAAGUGGAGGCGCGGUGCCGGCAGCUCCAGGAGGAGGUGGAGGGCCUGGGGCUGGCCGCUGCGCUGCCCGUGCUGAGGAGCUAUGGCGAUCUGGACGCAGCGCCCCUGUCCACACUGCAUUCCCUGCAGAGCAGACUGCGCCUGGGCCUGGAGGCAGUUGACGGGGUCAUUGUCCAGGUGCAUGCAAAGCAGUGCCUGGUGUGCCGCGAGCGGGCCCACAGCUCCAUCCCGCGAAUCUGCCCACAUCACGUCCUCUGUGAGCCGUGUGCCACCAGCAUGCCUGCCUGCCCCUACUGCGAGGGCCAGCCGGUACAGUGGUGACCCACCUCCUGGAGCCCAACUGAUGGUGCAGUGCAGCCAUGAGUGCGCCAACAACCCUUGAUGUGAUGCCCCUGUGCGUUACUUACACCAGCGAUUUCGUGGUGUUCCCCCCAAAACCCUUCUUUGUUUCUGCCAGUGGGCUCGGUGUCUGGGGUCGAGCGUACCUUCCCUUGGCUGCCAAGCGUGGGGUGGGCGCUGCCACCAGGGUUUGCAAUCAUCUGACACUACUGCUGGCAAGAUCAGUAGCAGUCUGAUUCUCAUAAAAGCACUUUGUAAACGAAGGAGUUUAGAUGUUAAAAAUUAUUAUAAGCUGCUUUCUAGGUUUAUGUUUUUUUUUUAAAUAUGCGAUAAUAUGAAGCUUUAUAUGUGUACUGUGAACUUAAAAUUAUUUCAUAUCAGUUUGUUUAUUCAUAUAGUAUGGUAAAUAUUAGACUUCGUAUUAUCAAAUGAGCAUCUAUCUAGUAGUGAGAAAUGCUAGGGUUUUUACAGUUUUCAAAUUAAGUGCAAACCAAUAGUAUUUACAAGCAGAUGGCGAUUAUUGGAAGACACGUAUACAUUUACCUGUAUGUUUGAUUUAUGGAAGAAUCUGUUCUCCUGACCGUGUGCACACGCAUGCCUGCUGGUGUUGUAUGUCCAGCACGUGACGUGGCGUGAUAGUUCUCUCGUGCAGCUACAUGAGCCAAGGCCACUUGUUCCAAGUGCCUGUGCCUUGCAAAAGAAGUGAACAACGGUCGCUGGGGUUGUUUUCUUCCUUGAAAAUAAGGCUGUUAGAUCCUAACAGAAAAUGUGCAGCAGAAGGGAUCAGAUGCUUGCAUUUCAGUUUUCAGAAGCAGCUGUGUGUGACCCUGCAGUUCCUCAGACCUGUCACAGGCAGUGGUGCUUUGUAACUGUACAGAGGGGCCGCACUGAGAGUGUGUGGCCACUGCCUGGCCCCAUUGGCUGUGGUGGGGCCGGCAGGCAGUGGUCUAUUCCUGAGUUCAUGCAUGCAACGAUUCCAGCUGCCACUAUCCACCAAUCUGUCCAGCUGUUGUGAUCACAGAACUUACGUGUGUGAUCAGCAAGGUUUUUGCAGAGAGAGGGCCCAGCCCACCACCUUGGAGCCGGGGGAGAGGCUGCCUCAGCCCCAGGAGCCACAGCAGAAUUGUGAUAGCCAGGCCCCAUGGCAGACUAUAGACUGAGACCGUGCAUGGUGAGGGUAACUGGAAUCCUCUCUGGCCUGGAUUGGGGACGUCUUCCCUACAGAUCCCAGAAUAAGUGAAAGAUGUCUGUGGUCUACCCAGACUUUCCACAGUCCUCUUAAGAAAAUCUCAGAAUCUGCACGGGGUGGCGGGCACAGGUACCGGCGCCUGUGGCCAGGGAGUGACUGCUGAUGCAUCUCUGCCUGCCUCUGCCAAAGACUUUUAAUAGCAUUUUUUAAAAUGCACAGUGACUAGGUAAGAAUUUUUAUCAGUGACCAAAUGAGAAUGUAUUUAAUAUAGUAAGGAGUUAAAAAACCCUUUCUAAUGCAACCAA